AUGACUGAUUACGAAAAAUUAAGUCAACUACUAAUGCCUUUCUUACAACCUAACACUUACUUAAUUCUACAAGGAAAAUUAGGAGCUGGUAAAACGACACUAGUCCAAUUCCUAACUAAGAAACUCGGGAUUAAAGAGAAAAUAACUUCUCCUACUUUUAAUAUAUUAGAAAGAUACCAGAUUAGAAAAAACUAUUAUUUAAAUCAUUUUGAUUUUUUUCGUUUAGCUUCUGCUGAUAAUUUAGACUUUUUGAUCGAAUUAACAACUGACAACUUAAAUAUUAUAGAAAGAAGAGAAAUAAAUUAUUUUCAGCUGCUAGCCGAACUAAAAAACCAAAAACUUGCUAUUGUUGAUUGGUUAAACAUUCAAGCAAGAUUAGAGGUUUACCAACAACAAAAAAUUAAGAAAGGCGAUGAAAAGAAACAAAAGUAA